CAUGCCUGUUUUGACGACAUGCUCCCCUGACCUUGGAGCCUCCUUCGGACCGGACGACCAUCACAGGCCAAUCGACUGACGGCGGUAUCAAUAUGCAACACUAUCAGAGGAUAUAUAAAAGGCCUGGUGUUGCCCCUCAACGUUGACCACCAAGCAACUCGACACCCACACAUCAACAUGGUCGCUUUCUCUUCCAUUCUUCUUGCUCUCGGUGGCGCUACCGCAGCGCUCGCCUCCCCUCUAAGCCUCAUCCUCGAGGCCGAAGCUAGAGACGAGUCUGGCAAUCUUUCUGCCAGGGCCACGCCUGCCGGCACCGGCACCCACAACGGCUUCUUUUAUUCCUUCUGGACUGAUGGCAAGGGCAGUGUGACGUACAACAACCUUGAUGCCGGCAAGUACGACGUGCAAUGGAGCAAUGUCGGCAACUUUGUCGCCGGCAAAGGAUGGAACCCUGGUGCCGAGCGUGUCGUGACCUACAGCGGCACCUGGAACGCCGGCAACGUCAACUCGUACAUUUCACUCUACGGCUGGACUCGCAACCCACUGAUUGAAUACUACAUCGUCGAAGCCUAUGGCUCGUACAACCCUUCUUCUGCUGCUCAGAAGAAAGGCAGCGUCACCUCCGACGGUGGCACAUACGAUAUUCUCCAGACGACAAGGACUAACCAGCCUUCCAUCGACGGGACCAAGACGUUCCAGCAGUUCUGGUCCGUCAGGACUAGCAAGCGUGUUGGCGGCACCAUUACUGUCAAGAACCAUUUCGAUGCGUGGGCGAAGUUUGGCCAGAAGCUUGGUACGCAUAACUACCAGAUUCUUGCGACCGAGGGGUACGGAAGUAGCGGAUCUGCUAGCAUUACUGUUGACGGCCCAUAAGCACUAUUUUAUUGUGAAAUAGGGCGCCGAUGCUGCUUUGAAUACUGAAAAGCUUGAACGAGGGGGCGGUGCGCGAAGUG